AUGUUUGAUGGUUCCGAAAAAGAAGACCCCUCAGCAAACAUGGUCUCUCUGCUCCUACAAGACUCAUUACUUGGUUCAAAGAAUUGUGGAUUGUUAUGCAAAAUGGAGAUGAAGCGGGAUUCGUUGAAGCUGGAAACAAGAACAAAGAAUUGCACGAUUGGUUUGGAAAGUGAUGCAGGGCACAUUGUCGAGCUAGCGAUAGCAUAUAUGGAUAAAUUGGAGAAGAACAAGAGGGGUAUCGGAAAGAGACUCAACUUCAAGAGGAUCAAAGGAAAGAGGCUCAACAAACAGACAUUGUUGGAUCACAAGCCCUCAAGUCGUCUCUCAAAUAACACACACUCACAUGUAUAUAUGUAUACAGAAAACAAAUAUGGAGAGAUGGAAGUAUUUUGGACUCAAAGCUGCUUCUUUUAUUCAAUCGAUAAGAGACUAUUUAUAGCUAUACAUGCAGGAAAUAGUAAAACUCAUUGCCCCACCUUUCCAGCAGCAAUCAUGCUUCUAAUACUCCCUGAUACCCGGUCCUUCAUUGACACUUUCAACUUACUAACAUUUAUUUAA